GAUACGUUUAGCGAAAACCGAGAAAACGCUGCCCUGCUUUUCAAUGGAAAUGGAAACCAAGAACCGACUCCCUGCAACUCACAUUGUCGCGUCGAACGAGUCACCCGAAUUCGCCCGCCUGAAUUGGGUCCUGGCUCGUUCUCCAGUAAUCGGGCUCGAUGCGGAGUGGAAACCCCUCAGAACCCAACAAUCCGCGUUCCCAAAUGUAUCGCUCCUCCAACUCGCUUGUCAACUCAGACCUGAACGCCGCUCUGACUCGGCGGCGGAGGAGGAGGACGCGUCGGUGGAGGUUUUCCUGCUUGACCUUGACUCGAUUCCCCUGCCUUCCAUAUGGGAAUUGAUGAGGGAAGUAUUUACUUCUCCGGAUAUAUUGAAAUUGGGAUUUAGGUUCAAGCAAGAUUUGGCCUACUUGUCCUCAACCUUCUGCUCCCAUGGUUGUGAUCCUGGGUUUGACAAGGUGGAGCCAUAUUUGGACAUCACUAGUGUUUAUCAUUAUCUGCAGCCAAAGCAACCAGGAAGAAAGCUACCAAAGGAAACAAAGAGUUUGGCAACUGUAUGCAAAGAGAUUCUGGGAAUUUCCCUUUCUAAGGAACUUCAAUGUAGUGAUUGGUCCUGCCGACCUCUUACUGAGGAACAGAAAACCUAUGCUGCUACAGAUGCACAUUGUUUGCUUCAAAUUUUUAAUAUUUUCGAGGAAAAAGUUGCCGAAAAAGGAAGUUCUUCUCAAGUUGUAAAUGGGCUGGAUACUCUGCAUAUUGGGUUGAAAGAAGUUCUUGAGCAAGAUGAAAGUGGUAAUAAACAUAUGAGGAUUAGAACUUAUGAAGCUUUGGCAAUAGUUAGGGCUACUGUUUCUUCUAAACAUUUCCAAACUAUAGUCUCUGGAGAGGGAGUACUUUCCAGGUCAACCUCUAUAAAUACCAUGCCCAUGGAUGGGUCACUCCUCAGAAUAGUAAGAAAAUAUGGCGAAAAAAUCCUGUUGAGAGAAUCUGACAGGAAACCGAGAUCCUCUAAGAAAAGAGGAAAGAGAAAACCUCCCAUGAUCACUCAAGUUACUAGAGAAAAGUGGAUAGAUGACAACGUUUGUAGCUGGGAAGGGAGCACGCCAUGGGAAUUGUCCGAGGGCGGUGAUGGAUGCCCGAAGUUCCUUUGUGAUGUUAUGGUUGAGGGUUUGGCAAAACAUCUUCGUUGUGUGGGAAUAGAUGCUGCAAUCCCAUGGUCCAGAAAACCAGAUCCAAGGGAGUUAAUAGAUCAAGCACACAGAGAAAAGAGAGUGGUUUUGACUCGGGAUGCAAAACUAUUAAGGCAUCAGCACUUGAUAAAGAACCAGAUAUACAGAGUGAAGAGUCUUCUUAAGAAUGAACAACUACUGGAGGUGAUCGAGACCUUUAAUCUAAAGAUCAGUGAAAAUCAGCUGAUGUCGAGGUGCACCAAGUGCAAUGGGAAGUUUAUCCAAAAGCCAUUAACAACAGAAGAGGCAGUUGAAGCUGCAAAAGGUUUCCAAAAGAUACCCAGCUGUUUGUUCAACAAAAAUCUGGAAUUUUGGCAGUGCAUGGAAUGCAACCAACUCUACUGGGAGGGAACCCAAUACCACAAUGCAGUUCAGAAGUUUGUGGACAUUUGUAAGUUGAACGAGUAAAAACUUAGAACCCUUGUAUUACAUGGAUAUUUUGGUAUGUAAGCUAAAUGAAACUAUGACAGAAAAUACUCUACGAAACUUAAACCAGCUGGACUUCAAGCCAUGAAAUACAAAGCUCGACAAACUUCUACGCAAUAACCAUGUCUUUGGCAAUGGGACGAAGCUUGCAGUUGAGCUGCAGAGGGAUCAGCUUUGGCAUAGUAAUCCCAGGGCCUUCUGCCAUGUCAAUAUCUUCCUCCUCGACCACCUUCUUCCACUCAAAGCACUGGAUCAAAGAUGCUAGAGUCAGCCCGACGAGUCGUCGAGCUAGACCCUCCCCAGGGCAAGCCCUUCGACCCAUCCCAAACGGAAUGGGCUUAGGACGACGACUACUACUACGAUCUCCAGCCUCAGCUUCUCCAUCACCACCGGUCUCAAACCUCUCCGGCUUGAAACUCGUUGCGUCGUCCCAGACCUCAGGAUCCCUGUGAAUGGCCCAAGCAUUCACCAGCAGCAUUGUGUUCCGCGGCACGUGGUAGCCACCAAGGGUGAAAUCUCGAGACGAGGUGCGAGGAAUCAGAAGCGGUCCUGGUGGGUAUAAUCGGAAGGUUUCGGAGAUUGUGUUCUGCAGGUACUGCAACUUAGGGAGGUCAUGUUCUUCCACCAUUCGACCUUCCCCGACCUGGGUAUCAAUCUCGUCCCUCGCUUUCUUCAUUAUCUCCGGAUGGUUGAGCAGGUUCGACAUCGCCCAUUCUAAUGUCACCGUCGAUGUGUCAAUCGCCCCUAAGAAGACAUUCUGAAUGAGGCCUUUGAUGAUCUGGUCGGAGUAUUGCUCCGGUUCGACGUGCUGCAACGAGAGGAGAUGAUCAAUCAUUGUUUUGCCGCCAUUAUUGGACACUCGAUGUUCAUCAAUCAGCCUCUGCAUAAACUCAUCUAGUCUCUUGGAAAGUCCGGCCAGCUUCCUCUCGUACCUUCCACCAUCAAGCCAAUUCAAGACCGGCAGGAAAUCGGCAUUGCUAGAAGCCCCAGCACAGGCCAGAACCUCCACCAUUAUCUCCUUAAAUUGCUCCUGGCCGCCGGACGCCGGUCCAUCGUACCUUUUCCCGGCGAUCAUCGUCAUCACGAUGUUGAACAUCAGGUCGUGAAACAUCGUCCUGACCUCGACUUUCUUACAAGCAUUGUCGUUGUGAUCCGCCAGGCGGAGGAUGAGGUUCCUGAUUUCGUCCCUCCGGAUGCCGGCCAAUUCGUUGAGCCGGCCGGAGGAGAGGAUCUCGACGGCGCCGACGCGGCGGAGGUGUCGCCAGUGGUCGCCGUAGGGCGCUUGGACCAUGGUGGUUUGGUUGUAGCCUAUGUGCUUCCCAACCAUGAGCAGGGGACGGUUGGCCAGAGCAACGUCAUUUUUGCCGGUGAAGCAUUCUUCGGCGGCGGCAGAGGACGACACGACGACGGCGGGGCGGGAGCCGAACUGGAUCCACAUGAUUGGGAAUUUCACGGCGCCGGCGCCAUUGUGGGAGAGAUUGUGUAGAGAACGGUGGACGGGUUUGCUUAGGAGGUGCAAGUGGCCGAGGAAAGGGAGGGCGCGGCGGUUGGGAGGGCUUGGUGGCAGUUGGAGGCUGUUUUUGGCGGGAGAUGUGUUGUUGGCGCCGCGAUGGAAUUGGAAAGCUACUGCGGCGAGGAAGAUGAGGGAAAUGGAGACGUAGAUGGAAGCGUCGAUCUCCAUUUGCCUGCUCUGCUGCUACUCUGCAGCUUCGCUUUGGCCUCUGGAUCUCUCUGUUUCUGGACUCUGUUUUAGGACUCUGUUUCUCGGAGGAGGAAAUGUGCAUCGUUUUUUAUAUAGGGAAAAUUAUAAGACUGCGUGAGAAAAUUGAUUGAUUAGUAAUUGAGAUUAUUAACCUUUGAAUGAGAACAAUAUGCUAUCUGUUCGGAUAUAAAUAGAUUUACG